AUGCAAAUCUUUGUAAAAACUCUUACUGGCAAAACUAUUACACUUGAAGUUGAACCAAGUGAUACUAUCGAAAAUGUUAAAGCAAAAAUUCAAGACAAAGAAGGUAUUCCACCUGAUCAACAACGUCUUAUCUUCGCCGGCAAACAACUUGAAGACGGUCGAACAUUAAGUGAUUACAAUAUUCAAAAAGAAAGUACACUUCAUCUCGUACUUCGAUUACGUGGUGGUAUGCAAAUCUUCGUGAAAACACUCACCGGCAAAACUAUUACACUUGAAGUCGAACCAAGUNCCAUUACGACAAGAACAACGGAUAGAAAUUUUAAUUGUUUAGAUGUAUGGGUAGAAGAUUUUGUUCAUGAACAUCGUCAAUGGCAAUUAGGAGGUUUUGUUGAUAAUGGUCGAAAUAUUAAUUGUCCUUUCAAUCGUUCAUUAUUGCAUGAAUUAAGAAAAAAAUAUGGAAUUAAACGCAACAAAUCGGAUCGGUGA